CGGAGCCGGGGUCGGACCCAGGCGAACAGCCCCGCCCGCGGGGUGUCCCCGGCCGCCCGGCUGCCCCCCGCCGCCCUCAGCAUGCAGGGCGCGCUCGCCAUCCCCGAGGAGGUCUGCAGCCUCCUGGCAGAUAUUGACACAUUUAUUUCCCAAACGCUAAAAGGAGAAAAUCUAUCCAAGAAAGCAAAAGAAAAAAGGGAAGUUCUUCUUAAGAAGAUAAAAGAUGUUAAGGCAAGUUAUCCUCAAGAAUUCCAGGAUAAAGAAUUGGAAGAUGAGGAAGAGUCCGAGGGCUCUUUUUCUUCGCCUCCUGAUAGUGUCUCAAUAGCGUCUGACCGAUGCGAUAAAGAGGAUGAAGGACCCUCGGAUGGGAGUCAGUUUCCUCCUAUUGCUGCUCAAGAUCUUCAGUUUGUUCUGAAGGCUGGAUACCUGGAAAAACGCAGAAAAGACCACAGUUUUCUCGGCUUUGAAUGGCAGAAGCGUUGGUGUGCUAUCAGUAAGACUGUCUUCUACUAUUAUGGAAGUGACAAAGACAAACAACAGAAAGGUGAAUUUGCCUUAGAGGGCUACACCAUCAGAAUGAAUAAUAGCCUUCGGAAGGAUGCAAAGAAAGAUUGCUGUUUUGAAAUCUCUGCUCCUGAUAAGCGCAUUUAUCAGUUUGCAGCUGCCACUCCCAAAGAAGCAGAGGAAUGGGUACAGCAAGUCAAGUUUGUAAUUCAAGAUAUGGAAUCUAAUACCAUUCCUGAGGAGGAGGAAGAGGAAUAUGAUGAUGUUGGACAAGUGAGCAGUGAACCAAUAGAUGAUAGCAUUUAUGAAGAAGUUAAAGAAGAACGUGUUCCUUCAAAGGCUGAAGUGCCAAGAAAACCGAGCCAGAAGAAAGUUACGACCGUUUCAGAUAGCAAAAAUACCGAUUAUGCCAAUUUCUAUCAAGGUUUGUGGGACUGCACAGGAGAUGUACCGGAUGAGUUGACGUUUAAACGUGGUGACGUUAUCUACAUUCUCAGCAAGCUCUUACUCAAGAAAUCAAUUUCCAGAAACAAAGACAACUGUGAGUGGAGGUGCAUGAUUUGUGCUGGAAAAUGCCAUGGCUUCAUCAGCCAAAUGCAGGAGUACAAUAGAUUUGGCUGGUGGGUAGGAGAAAUGAAGGGAACCAUUGGCUUGGUGCCUAAAGCCUACAUAAUGGAGAUGUAUGAUAUUUGAGAGGCCUGGGAGAAAUCUGCGCUUGAAAUCAAGAGUGGUGUGCAGCUGCAGUCUACACACCCGGCCUCCGAAAGAAGAAGAUUCUGCCCUACACGUUUUGUGGUUUCAGUGAAUGUAGUCAAAUCAUUGCCUUGUGUAUAUUAAACAUUAAAAACUGUAAUUGAUCAUAA